CGUCCGUUAACGAAACUAAAGGACGCUCUAGGCCUGUCUUCCCUCCGGCUCACUGCAUCUCCUUCGCCAGCGAAGGGUGGAGGAUGUCGCUCCUGCGAAAAGAUGGCGGCUAGGAGGAGUCUCCUGCAGAGUGAGCAACCAGCAAGUUGGACAGAUGACUUGCCCCUCUGCCAGCUGUCUGGUGUGGGUUCAUCUUCUAACCGUUCAUAUACUGCAGAUGGAAAAGGAACAGAAACCCACCCCUUGGAGGAUAAUUGGCUGAAAUUCAGGAGUGAGAACAACUGCUAUCUCUAUGGAGUCUUCAACGGGUAUGAUGGCAACCGGAUCACCAAUUUUGUGGGGGAGAGACUCUCUGCGGAGCUCCUGCUGGGCCAGCUGAGUGCCGAUCCUGAUGAUGCUGAUGUGCGCAAAGUCCUGCUACAGGCUUUUGAUGUGGUAGAGAGGAGUUUCCUGGAGACCAUUGAUGAUGCUUUGGCGGAAAAGGCCAGCCUUCAGUCCCAGCUACCGGAGGGUGUGCCUCAUCACCAGCUGCCGCCUCAGUACCAGAAAAUCAUGGAGCGCUUGAAGGCUGUGGAAAAAGAAAUCUCUGGAGGAGCCAUGGCUAUUGUGGCGGUCAUUCUGAACAGCAAGCUUUACAUCGCCAAUGUAGGAACGAACCGGGCUCUCUUGUGCAAAUCUACAGUAGAUGGGUUACAAGUGACACAACUCAAUAUGGACCAUACCACAGAGAAUGAGGACGAACUGUUCCGAUUUUCCCAGCUGGGUUUGGACGCAACAAAAAUAAAGCAAGUAGGAACCAUAUGUGGGCAGGAGAGCACUCGCCGCAUUGGGGAUUAUAAGGUCAAAUAUGGCUACAGUGACAUUGAACUUCUCAGCACCGCAAAAUCCAAACCAAUCAUAGCAGAGCCUGAAAUCCAUGGAGGGUACCCACUUGAUGGAGUGACAGGUUUUCUUGUUCUGAUGUCAGAAGGGCUCUACAAAGCUCUGGAAGCAGCUCAUGGACCUGGGCAAGCCAAUCAGGAAAUUGCAGCCAUGAUUGCCACUGAAUUUGCCAAGCAAACUUCACUGGAUUCUGUAGCACAGGCUGUUGUCGAUAGAGUGAAGCGCAUUCACUGUGAUACAUACGCCAGUGGUGGCGAACGGUCCAAGUUCUGCUCUCGGCAUGAGGACAUGACGCUGCUAGUGAGGAAUUUUGCAUAUCCACUGGGUGAGAUGAGCCAGCCCACGCUGACCCCAACGCAAGGAGGCCGUGUUUACCCAGUGUCAGUGCCAUACUCCAGUAACCAGAGUACUAGCAAAACCAGUGUGACGUUGUCUCUUGUCAUGCCUUCCCAAGGUCAGAUGGUCAACGGUGCCCACAGUAGCUCUACAUUGGAUGAAGUCACACCAACUCUUACAAAUCAAAGUCCAACUGUGACCCUCCAGUCUACCAACACUCAUACCCAGAGUAGCAGCUCAAGCUCAGAUGGGGGCCUCUUUCGUUCCCGCCCCUCUCACUCUCUCCAGCCAGAUGAAGAUGGGCGCGUUGAGCCCUAUGUGGACUUUGCAGAGUUCUACCGCCUCUGGAACAUGGACCACAGUGAAACAGGAGCACUGACUGUGUCGUAAUCCAAGGAGACCAGCUCCUGUGAACUUCAGUAUGGGAAAAUAGAACCUGGUGAGGCAGGACUAAUUUAUCAUCAAAUUGUUCCCAUUCUUCCUUGAAGCAUGAACCUUUGUGGACAAAGCUAAUGUACCAAGAGAUUGCUGAUACAGUUUUUAUCAGCUUGUCAGGACACAUGCAUGUACAUCAACCUGUUUUCUAAUUGUUUCUGCCAUUGUGCAGGCCUUGUGGGCUCUAGAGUGGAUUGUGAACCUUUCCUAUAUCUUUAGUAUUGCGGUCACCAGGCUGGACUUUUGUGGAAAAGACCAUGUCUGUAAAGGGUUGUGGGUGUGCGUGCACGCUAUUGCUCAAGUUUUAGUCCUGGAAAUACUUCAUCAUGAUACUGAUUUAAUUCCAUGAAAGAUACAUCUAGUUUACAGAAUAAAUUAUAGCUUCUCGUCAUUUUUAUCGGACACAUUUUCACUUUAUUUUUGUGACCUUUUAACAUCCAAUAGAUAAACGUAAAAUCCUCAGCUUCCUAAAGUAAACACUACAGCUUUCAGUCAGCUGUAGGGCUCAUAUAGGAGAAGCACCUUGUGAGGGACAAGAGCAUCUCCUGCUUCUGAAAGGCAUGAUGUACUACAUCAUCAGCAAUAGGCCUUGGUACCAUAAACAUUGACAGUUCAGUCAGAGAGGCAACAUUGUUGUCUAGUCUUCUACUCUGGUAGUCAGUAAGCCCUUUGCACCAAAGCUUGAAGCAGUGAAAGGGAGGAAGCAUCAGUUUGAAACUAGAUCUAACCUACCCUCUGCCCUUCCUUAUCAACAUAGUUUUACUUUAAACAGCAGCCUUCUCACUCCUGUUUGUUCAGGGGAUAUCCCACUAGAAAGGGAGGGGACUCUUUUACUACUUAGAAGCAAUCUGGUAUAAUAGAUCUACUUAAUGAUACAGGGAAAGAUACCUGGUUCAUUCCUAAUUGAUAUCCAGCUGGAGAGCAGGAAUGAUGAUGGUACAACUGAGUUGCGUAAAGCCAGCAAACUCCAAUCUACAUGUACAGCAAGCUGUAUUCUGGUGGAGUUUUGUACUUUCACAAUUAAACCUGGUCAGUAUGUGAUGCUAUUAAAGCCUCCACAUUCUUA